AUGGCCGUUUGCCAAGGCAACAGGAACCCAUUUCUGGCAGAGCUCGUUCCCAUGGCCAUAUCAAACGAUCUAAUUCUGCAUGCCAUGCUGGCACUGAGUGGUGUUCACCAAGCAGAUCUCGCUGGACUUCCAGUUGACCAAUUGACAUGGGUACAUUACGGCCAGGCGAUCCAGGGCCAGAAAUACGGGCUGACUUUGAUGGCUCAGGGGGACAAAGAGCCUCUUGUGCCGCUUUUGGUGACCGCCAUCAUUCUAUGUGCCAUCGAGACAUUCAGACUCAACACAGGAGCUCAAGCCUUGUCUCAUCUGAAAGCCGUUCGCGUGCUCCUCCACGAGGCAUCAAGCCUAUCCAACUCUCAGCUCGGGCCUGAUACUCGAGCCUUCCUCAGAGAAAGAUACGCCUACAUCAUGACUCUUGCCCACAUCAGUAUGGGACAGGAAUCAGACCUGUGGGUGCAGGAAGACAUUGCGCAGCUUUUCCCCACGUCAAAAGCCGAGCCAGAAAGUCAUUUUAAGUCUGGCUGUGUGCACGAGCUUUUUGGCCUCGUUCCUAUGGUGUCGGUGGUGGCUCGAAGAACACGAGACGAACUUCGGCGAGGGACAGGAUUGGUCGAGGCCACGAUCGAGUGCUGGAGGCUCCGAUCAAUCAUAUCGUCGUGGCAGCCUCGCUCGGAUGACGAGGUAUACAGAUUAUGUGGACUGCUGUAUCAACAGACCUUACUUGUUUACUUGGAGUCUGCCCUGGAGACCGUCCCAGUCGAUUCUCCCAUCUCGACCAGUAUGUGCUGGCCACUGGCCAUCUUUGGAUCAUGUGCCAGAUCUGUUGGGCAUCAAAAUGCCAUCAGCAGUCGGCUCGAGGAGCUAUCGUUGACGUAUGCAACGCAAAGUGUUCGAGACACUCGGAGACUAUUGGAGAUGAUCUGGGAGUCAAAGAACCCUGACAUGGCAAGCCCUCUAUGUUUUGCAGACUUUAUGAAGAAGGAGGGUAAGACGGUACUGUUCUUCUAA